CGGUGUCCGGUGUCAGCAGCUGUUCGCUCCAUAACGGAAUCACCACGGGGCUGUAACGGAGGUUUACCCACGCGGCAAUAACUGAGCAGACCUGGAUCAGAGACGGACCAGAGACGGACCAGAGACGGAGCAAUCCGGACCGAACAAGUCCUCACCGCUGUUCGCCUUUAGCCCCGGUUCGGGAGCUAACGGCUAACAGCUAACUGACAGCCGGACAGCUGUUCCCUAACAGGCCACGCCGCUUCUGUGGAGCUCCAGCCGAUGAUCCGCGUUAUUUUUGGGAUUUAAAGGAGCGUCCAACCCGGAGUGUCUUUGCGCUGGACCGCCCUCUGAGGCGGACUCGACCCGGACCAAACAAGGCUAAAGGCUAACGUACGGCCAGAACAUCCUGCUUUGGCUCGGUUCGGGAAACAGCUGGCAGGAUGUUGAUAGCUGUGGGAGCAGGGCCCGGGAACCCAGCUGGUCCCACCAAGAAACACCGAAAACGAGGAAAGAAACACAAGAAAAACAAAGCAGACGAAGCCAGGCCUGACGAAAUCUGCCAACUCCAAAAUAUCAACAAUGACAACAACCAGCAAGAAAAAAACAUCACUCCUCAAAUUACUCAAGAACGUACAUCAUCUCCAGCCAUCGAAAUACCUUCUAGCAACAAAGAUCAGACAACUUAUAACCAUGACAUACAGCCAAUGUCUAAUUAUGACGAAGAGCAGUCGACCUUUAACCAUGAGGAAAUUGGCCAAACCGCAACACAAGAAUCAGAAAGUAAUUAUGGAACAGAUUCUGCUGAAGAGAAUAAUAAUUUUAGGGAUACUUCUCCACACUAUCCCAAGCAAACUGAAAAAACAAUUUCACAAAACAACAUUGAUUGUUUAUCGCCUCCUCAGUCCAUCAAUGUAAACAACCCACAAUUAUGUUCAGAGACAGAAACUCUUACAUUAUCUUCAGAAAACGGCUUUGAAUAUCAAGCGAUUCCUUUUCCAGAUUCCUCUGUAACAGCCAAACCUCACAACCAAUCAUCUCCUUGCAAAUCGCCAAGCCCUGCCCACAGUCUAUCUCCAAGCCCAACCCAUGAACUCUGCCCUUCUCCAGAUGAUGAUUCAACUCUAAAUCUCUCCUCAUCGCCGCACAGGAAUGAGGAAGACAAGAUCCCUAGUUUGUGUUAUGUCAGGUCCAACUCGCCAAUCGAUUUUGAGGCAGAAGCAUUAAAAUUUGCAGCAAAUUAUGGCUCAAAAACUAUGCCAACUCCUCCCCUAAGUCCAGAGCACGACCACUUCCUGCUCAGCUCCGUCACCUUCACCUCCACGGUUUCCUCUCACCUCUACUCUCCACUCUGCGCGUCUUCUACAUCCUUUUUGCGCUCGUUUGAUUCUCUUCCUCCCUCCUUGGGGCUGCCUCCGAUGAUGUCACUGGCCCCACCCCCUCCUCUGCUGGCCACACCCCCUCCUCUGCUGGCCACACCCCCUCCUCUGCUGGCCACACCCCCUCCAGCACUUAGCCCACCACCUCUUGAGUUUACACCACCUCCAACACAGCUCCUGGGGUCCGAUGACGAGGAGCAGGAGGACCCUUCAGACUACUGUAAAGGUGGUUAUUAUCCGGUGAAGAUUGGAGACCUGUUUAAUGGCAGGUACCAUGUAGUGAGGAAACUAGGCUGGGGUCACUUCUCCACUGUCUGGCUCUGCUGGGAUCUUCAGAGGAAGCGCUUUGUUGCACUGAAGGUGGUAAAGAGUGCUCCACAUUAUACUGAGACAGCCAUUGAUGAGAUCAAACUCCUCAGAUGUGUGAGAGACAGUGACCCCUCAGACCCACACAGAGAAACCAUUGUUCAGCUCAUUGAUGACUUCAAGAUUUCAGGCGUCAAUGGUGUCCAUGUGUGUAUGGUGAUGGAGGUGUUGGGGCAUCAGCUUCUCAAAUGGAUCAUUAAGUCCAACUACAUGGGUCUGCCCCUGGUCUGUGUCAAGAGCAUCAUCAAACAGGUGCUGCAGGGCCUGGACUACCUCCACACUAAGUGUAAGAUCAUCCACACAGACAUAAAACCAGAGAACAUCCUGCUGCAGGCAGACGAGGUGUACAUCCGCAGACUUGCAGCAGAGGCCACAGUCUGGCAACGAGCUGGAGCCCCACCCCCUUCUGGCUCCUCAGUGAGCACGGCUCCCAGGGACCUCCAGAGCGGCAAACUGUCCAAGAACAAGAGAAAGAAGUUAAAGAGAAAAGCCAAACGACAACAGAAACUAUUAGAGGAGAGACUCGUAGAUAUUCAGAAAAUGGAGGAAGAAGAUGGAUUUUGCCCACCAGAUGAGACUGAUAAUGGUUCCCACAUGGUGAAUGGCAACGCCACAACUUUAUCCAAUCACAAGGCGAGUCCUGAGUCGUCCUCUUCCUGGUUAGAUGACAGGUGCAAUGGUCACGCCGCCGGCAGAUUCUCUAGCCCCGCCUCUGGACUGUCGGGGUUCUCUAGCUCUGUGAAGUCAGCCACGUCAGAGUCAGCCGUUUCCACACAGUCUGGCUAUUCCAGCGGCAGAGAUGUGUUUACUGCAUCAGACUUUGUGCUGAGCCCUCUCGAUCCACAAAAUGCUGACAAAAUCAAAGUGAAGAUCGCUGACCUGGGAAACGCUUGCUGGGUGCACAAACACUUCACAGAGGACAUUCAGACAAGGCAGUACCGAGCCGUGGAGGUUCUGAUCGGAGCAGAGUAUGGACCUCCAGCUGAUAUCUGGAGCACAGCCUGCAUGGCAUUUGAAUUGGCGACAGGAGAUUAUCUGUUUGAGCCGCACUCAGGAGAGGACUACACCAGGGACGAAGACCACAUUGCUCACAUCAUUGAGCUAUUGGGACCACUGCCUAUACCCUUCGCUCUGUCUGGGAGAUACUCCAGGGAAUACUUCAACAGGAGAGGAGAGCUGCGUCACAUCUCAUCUCUGAAGCCCUGGGGUCUGUUCGAGGUGCUGCUGGAGAAGUACGAGUGGCCUCUGGACCAGGCGGCUCAGUUCAGUGACUUCUUGUUGACCAUGUUAGAGCUGGAGCCAGAGAGACGAGCUACAGCCAAACUGUGUCUACAGCACGCUUGGCUACAAGACUGACACUCCGCCUCCUAGAGGAGAGGAGGAACUACUACAGGCCUAGCGAAAAAAAAAAAAAAAGAAAAGCUGAAACUUUAAAUAUAUAUUUACAUAUAAACUCUACCAUGACCGCUCCAUAGAGGAUACUGGCUCCAAGAUGAAAUCACAACAAAUAUAUUUCUAUACAUACAUGCAACCCACUACAGCCUCCAGUGGAGGGGGCACUGAACUGCAGGUAUUUCCCUGUUGCCAGGAUCCUUGUUCUGGAGUCAGCCCACAGAGGGAGAGCCCUGGGUUAAUGCACGUAAACUCUUUGGAAUAUUUUUUGGAGAAUGUGUGUUAUUGCUUUAUAUGAUGAGAUGUAAUGCAAUUUCAAAUCCAACCCUUUCAUGAAAGGAAAGUGUAAGUCAUUUUUCAUGUGGUGUGGCCAUCGGACUUGAACUAGUGCAUUUCUUUGUGUGUUUGCCACUGGCCUACGAACAGAGUAAGCAAGAGCACUGAUUAUGUAUAGCACAGCUGUAACGGAUCCUGGCACAUGGGGCGAAACUUGGAUUUAAAGGACUAAAUAUAUUUACAUACCACCACUAUUGCCCCCUAAAGGAGAAGAGGAGACAAGGAGGUUUACUUGUAACAGUGUUUUUGCUUCUGUUUAUUUAUUUAUUCUGUUGAAAGGCACAGUUUUGAAACUAUGGACAGAGAUAUACUUGCCAUUAAGACAAAAGUAUUAAGGAAAACCUAUUUGGUGUUCUCAUUUCGUUGUUGUGUCCUGUGUGAAUGUGUUGGUAUGAUUGUGUAAGUGAAUGCCACAUCUAAAUCAUGAAGCAACUUUGAGUGCAGAGUAAAAUGCUAUAAAAGAUUGGUAUAUUGUUAUGGUUUAAUGUUUGUUUUUUUCAUGUUGUCUACACAGCAAGUAUACCUUUGCGCCCACAUUUGGCGGUUACUGAAAAAAGUAUUUACUAGUUACACAAUUGUAGUAAAGGAUUUGGAGAAAAUAUGUGUUGCUGUAUAUUUGGAUUUAAGAUUAACAGUUAAAUUGGAAUCUUUUUGUGGAAAGUUUGUGCAAUGGGUUGAGCUCUUCCUUGUUAUUCACCUGUUUAUUUCUUCUUUUUUAUUGAUUAAUGGUUUCACAAAAGUGCUUCAUCUCAAUUACAGUAUUGGAUCAUGGUUUAAAAAACACUACAGGACCCUAACCUGCUACUUGUGUCAAUAAUUUUCUCUAUGUUUAGACUGCCCAGUUCAUCUCAACAUGGAUGUCUUUGGAGGAGGGAGCAAUGAUAAUUUUAAUGUGAAAUUUGUUCAGUGGGUGUUCUCCAUUUACAUAUUAAAAUGUAUCAUAUUGUCAUGUACUUUUUCUGAAAUUCAAACACUUUUUUGCAUAAAUAAAAUUGAAAAUCUCUAUAAGCCAUUUAUAGACACAUGGAUAUAGAAUUUUAACAAAUAAUUUGAUCAGUUACAUGAAGAGAAGAGCAAAGCUCCUUUGUGAAACCACAUUUGAAUAUUUCUGCUUUUGUCUUCUGUUUUGAAUCACGGGUAUCUUCAUUUGUCCACACCUGUAGCUCUGCCCUUUGGCCCUCGCCCUCUCCUGUUGCCGUGUGGAUAAGUGACCAGUGCCUUGAUACGCCCUUUGACCCCUGACAUCAUGGGUUCUUUUGUACGUGUGUUCAGUGUGAAUAAUGAUACUGUUGAUUCAAUAAAGAUCAGAAUGAAAGCACAGC